UUGUAUUAAAAAACUAGUGGGUAUAGGUAGGGAAUUUUUUAGUUGACAUUGUUGAAUUUCUCGUUCUAAAGCCCACUCCUUGGGUGAAAUUCAAAGUAAACAUUGUUAAGUGUUUUUAGCCAAAUGGAAGAAAGUUCACUUGUUAACAAGUUGACUAUUGAUCGUGCGAAGAUUUUGGGAACAGGAAAAUACGGCAUUGUUUAUGAAGGCGUUUGGGGUGAAAAUCAAGUAGCCAUCAAAAGAAUUCCUAUAGAUAAUGUCGCGACUAGCAAUGAACGAGAAGUGAACGCGCUAAAAAAAUUUGACCAUGAAAACGUCAUCAAAUUGCUUCAAGUCGAGGAGGACAAAGACUUUAAAUGUUUUGUCCUUGAAUUGUGUAAGGCUUCUCUGGAUCAACUAUUUCUCAAAGAAAAUGACCCGAAAAAAUACAGUGGCCCAGUGCCGCCAGAAGCAGAAGUCCUACUUCAGUUGGCUAAAGGACUCGAGCAUAUACACAAAAACGAAUUAGUCCAUCGCGACAUCAAGCCAGAGAACGUCCUCAUUUGGGUGAAUCCACAAACUAACCAGGUUUUAAUGAAAUGGGCUGAUUUUGGUUUCAGUAAACAAGUCAACGAAAGGGGAACUUUCUCUAUGAGUGGAGUGAAGGGAACAUUACAUUGGUUAGCACCGGAAUUAUUGGCAUUACUGGACGAAUAUAGUUCUAGUGAAAACGAAAUUAAGAAAAGGGGAACCGUCAAGAGCGAUGUAUUUGCCGAAGGCCUCGUAUUUGGCUACUUCCUUUCGAAAGGGGUUCAUCCCUUUGGCACCUCAAGUUAUCAAAUUCCAACGAACGUACAAAAAAAGAGACCGACUAAUCUCCCCGAAACAAAAGAUAUUCGUAAAAUAAUAGAACAAAUGUUACACAAAAAACCAGAGAAUCGAAUUGCAUCAUCUGAUGUCGUUAAUCUACUCAUUAACAACCGGGAAAUCAGGACGAAAAAGAUGUUCACUUUAGUUGCCAAAAAAGAUCCAAGCGUGGAAGAAAUAAAAAUGCUGGUGCGAGAAGGUGUGGAUAUCAAUGCAAAAGAUAAAAAAGGAUUGACACCACUAUUACAAAUGGCAGAAAACAAAAAGGGAAGUGGUAAUGCGUUAGAAAUAAUUAAUCUCCUGAUCCAAAACGGAGCCAACGUCAAUUCACUAGACAGCAAGGGUAAAAAUGCUCUCCUUUUAUUGUGCGACAAUAACCAAAAUCAUCAAAAUGAAAAUCUAAAAGAAAUUAUGGGUCUUCUGAUGCAAAGUGGAUUAAAUGUGACUCCAGAAACGGUCACCUUUUUCAAGGAAAAAUAUUACAAAGAAAAUCGCGAUGAAAUCUUGUUAUUGCUUGAUCAACAACAUCCAGAUGAACCUGUGACCAAACGAAUGAAAUUCGAAUAAACUUCGGUUUCUUGUA